AUGGCAUAUUCUAACUAUCCCCGGGAUCGCUCGCCCGCCUCCAAUACAUUCAUCGUGCCGUCUGAAGAUGCGUCCGACUUUGAGAGCGACGCCGAGUCGGAAGACAUAAAUUACAAUGACCGUUCUUCAGCCAAGACUACGCCAGAGCAGCCGAAGCCUGCCAAUCCUCAAGGACGCGAUUUCAUUGACCUUUCUCGAGAAGACGAUGAGGAUGACGAAGACGAGUAUGAGCCCAUGGCAGCGGUUCCAGACUCUUACCAGCCGUCUCAGCUCCCACAAGAGCCCGUUGUCAUCGACGACAAUGGAAAUGACCCUGAAGACCUGGACGAUGAGGAUCAUGAACUGGUUAUGUCUGAGACUUCCGUCGAUUUCGUGCGAAAGCCUGAGCAGGAACACCCACUGGGAUUCCUCGAUGGCGAGCCAGAGGCAGCAAAUGAAGACCGUGCGGCGGCGAUCAAUACCGGGCUCGCGCAAUUUUUGUGUGAGCGCCAUGCUCGGUUGCAAGAGCGGGCUCAGGACAAGGAGUCCGAUUUUGCAGUCCCUGACUACAAUGUCGUUGCGGCUGAUGUACUGUCUGACAACGCCUCAGAAGCUUUGGACACGUCUCAGGUUGGGGUCGGAGCUCAGGUGGAGAACAAUUUCUGGUUUGCCAACCGACCUGCUUCGCCAGAGCCGGGCGAGCAAUCUGCAGCACGUCAGCCCACUGAAGGCGCAAGAUUCCCUACAUCCUCCACGGCACCCACCAAGGCUUCGAAGCCGAGAUACGAUCCAGUGCGUGAAGAGCCAAACACCUCAAAUGAUCUACCAGAGCCAUCUCAGGCCGACAAUUCAUUUCAACACGAUUUCUACUCCUUCGCGCCUGCCCUGGCUACUCAUUACUCCAAUGCUGGCGCAUCUGGCUGGCAAACGAGAUCUUCACCUGCUGUCGCACCUUGGCACCGCCCGGGGCUGACUUUGGACGCAUUGCAAAAUGCAUAUACGCUCUCGUCCCUUGCUCCGCGCGAGUCAGCGCAGUCGGAACGACAGCCGGAGCGCGGUGACACCGCAGCAAGCAUGAUGGGCUCGUUUGCGUCGAAGCAAAACAAUGAGCCUGCAACAUUGGGGCCGACUCACGCAUCUGCGUACAAUGGGAAGAUCUCCAUAACUCAGCUCCUUGAAGAGCAGGGUGACGCGCUCGAUCAGGCGCACGAGAUGGUCAAGGAGGCGAACAAUGCUACCAUGGCUGGUUUCUCGUCGAGCGGCACGAAGAGAAAGGCCGUCGAGACAGAGAUUGACGGCCACGUCGAGACAUCGGCACCACCCUCCAAGAAAUCGAGACCAACUGCAAGCGCUCAAGCCUCAACCGCACGGACGCAUCGUCGGCGAUCUACGGGGAGAGGUAUUGUGCGUCGCAUUGCUGAAGGCGCAGCUGGUGCAUUCCUUGGCGCAGCUGCCACUGUUGCUUUCUUGAGUAGUCCAUAUGCUGAGUUACUGAUCGACUGGUUGGACUGA